UACACGCAGACUGAGUCAGCUGCUGGGGACGCGCCCGGAAUUUUGUUUUGGUUGGGGUGAGGCCAGAAACGGCUGCUGGUUCUUGGACUCUGCGCCCACGGCCUUACCGCGCCCAAUGCCCUGGCCUCGGAUUCUUCCGUAACCGGCUCCCAGUACUGCCUCUCUGACGCCAGGAGUUGCUCCUUGAGAUUUGCUCCCGUCCCUCGCUGGACUUUCCCCCUGGCUGGAGCUGCCAAGCAGGUUUCGAAGCCUGCUAUCUCUGACUCUUCACCUAGCGUCUUCGUGUAACUCUACGGACUCGUUUUCCCCUGUCCCGCUUUUAAGCUGACUCGUUGCCCUUUCAACCAGAAUUGCUGCGGUCUGUGUGACCUCAGCACCACAUUCUCUGGCGAUUUCCCUAAUUUAUCUCGUUAUUCAGAGGAAAGUUUUUCCUUGGUUAUCUUUGUUUUUAACUUGAAAACCAUUCUCUGCUUAGCCUUGCAAGGGGCCUUCCCCGCACUUCGGGAGGCCAAGGCGGUAGGAUCGCUUGAGCCCAGGAACUGGGGACCCGCCUGGGCAACGUAGGGUGACCCCAUCGCUACAAAAAAAAGUUAAAAAUUAGGCGAGCAGGCCAGGCGCGGUGGCUUAUGCCUGUAAUCCCAACACUUUGGGAGGCUAAGGCAGGUGGAUCACCUGAGAUCAGCAGUACGAAACCAGCCUGGCCAACGUGUAGAAACCCCGUUUCUACUAAAAAUACAACAAAUUUGCCAGGCGUGGUGGCGCAUGCUUAUAAUCGCAGCUACUCGGGAGGCUGAGGCAGAAUUGCUUGAACCUGGGAGGCAGAGGUUGCAGUGAGCUGAGAUCGCCCCAUUGCACUCUAGCCUAGGCAGCAAGAGUGAAAUUGUGUCUCAAAAAAAAAAAAAUGGCGAGCGGCAGUGCGCACGUGUGGUCCCAAUUACUCAGGAGGCUGAUGCAGGAAAAUCGCUUAAGCCCAGGAGGUCGAGACUGCCAUAAACGGUGAUCACGCCGCAGCACUCCAGCCUAGGCCACAGAAAAAAAAGUGAAAGGGCUGGGUGCACUGGCUCACACCUGUAAUCCCAGCACUUUAGGAGGCCGAUGCAGGCGGAUCACCUGAGGUUGGGGGUUCAAAACCAGCCUCACCAACACGGAGAAACCCUGUCUCUACAAAAAAUAAAAUAAAAUAAAAAUUAGCCGGGCUUGGUGGCACAUGCCUAUAAUCCCAGCUACUCGGGAGGCUGAGGCAGAAUUGCUUGAACCCAGGAAGCGGAGGUUGCCAUGAGCCGAGAUUGUGCCAUUGCACUCCGGCCUGGGGAACACGAGCACGGGGAGAAAAAAGAAAAAAAAGGGGGGGCCUCCAGAAGGAAGUCAUCUGACCCCUGCUGUAUAGGGUAUGCAUCUAACGCUUGCACCAGGGCACUCAUACGACAAGUAGAAGCUAGCCAAUAUGGUAAGAUGUUGAUGUGAGUUUAGAAAUACUGUAUCUUUAUAAUCAUUUGCAACAUUUCAAGAUAAAACCAAGUUCCAAGCCAGUGCAGUGACUCAAUGCCUGUAAUCCCAGCACUUUGGAAGGCCUAGGCCAGUGGAAAACCUGAGGUCAGGAGUUCAAGACUAGCCUGGCCAACAUGGUGAAACUCCGUCUCUACUAAAAAAAAAUACAAAUAAUAAUAAUAAGUUAGCUGGGUGCAGCGGUGCACACCUGUAAUCCCAGCUACUCAGGACGCUGAAGCAGGAGAAUCGCUUGAACCCGAGAGGCGGAGGUUGCAGUGAGCUGAAAUUGUACCACUGCACUCCAGCCUGGGCAACAGUGUGAGACUGCAGCUCAAAAAAUAAUAAUAAAAGUAACACCAGUUUCCAAAACCUCAAAAUACAUAGUAUUUGGUUCCUUUAAAAUGUGCAGAUUUUGGCCUGGCACAGUGGUUCACACCUGUAAUCCCAGCACUUUGGGAGUCCGAGGGAGACUAGCCUGGCCAACAUGGCGAAACCCCUAUCUCUACUAAAAAUACAAAAAUCAGCCAGGCAUGGUUGCGGGGACCUGUAAUCCCAACUAUUCCAGAGGCUGAGGCAGGAGAAUCACUUUAACCCAUGAGACAGAGGUUACAGUGAGCGGAGAUCGUGCCACUCCACUCUAGCCAGGGCAACAGAGCAAGACUCUGUCUCAAAAAAAAAAAAAAAAAAAAAAAAAAAUGCGGGCUUUUUGGCUGGUGGUGGCUCAUACCUGUAAUCUCAGCACUUUGGGAGGCCAAGGUGGGUGGAUCACCUGAUGUAAGAAAUUCAAGACCAGCCUGGCCAACACAGUGAAAUCAUCUCUACCAAAAAUACAAAAAUUAGCCAGGUGUGGUGGCAACACACCUGUAAUCCCAGCUACUUGGGAGGCUGAAGCAGGAGAAUCGCCUGAGCCUGAGAGGCAGAGGUUACAGUGAACUGAGAUCGCCCCACUGCACUCGAGCCUGGGCAACAGAGUGAAAUCCCGUCUCAAAAAAAACCAAAAAGGGGGCCAGGUACGGUGGCUCAGGCCUGUAAUCCCAGCACUUUGGGAGGCUGAAGUGGGCGGAUCAUGAAGUCAAGAGAUCGAGACCAUCCUGGCCAACAUAGUGAAACCUCAUCUCUACUAAAAUACAAAAAUUAGCUGGGCAUGGUGGCACAUGCCUGUAGUCCCAGCUACUCGGGAGGCUGAGGCAGGAGAAUUGCUUGAAGCUGGGAGCCGGAGGUUGUAGUGAGCCAAGAUUGUGCCACUGCACUCCAGCCUGGUGCCUGGUGAAAGAGCAAGAGUCUGUCUCAAACAAACAAACAAAAUAAGUGGGCUGGGUGCAGUGACUCACACCUGUAAUGCUACCACUUUGGGAGGCAGAGGCGGGUGGAUCACCCAAGGUCAGGACUUCGAGACCAUCCUGCCCAACAGGUGAAACCCCCAUCUCUACUAAAAAUACAAAAAAUAAGCUGGGUGUGGUGGUGGACACCUGUAAUCUUAGCUACUCAGGAGCCUGAGCCAGGAGAAUCACUUGAACCCAGGAGGCAAAGGUUGCAGUGAGCCGAGAUCAGUCCACUGCACGCCAGCCUGAGCAAUAAGAGCGAAACUCUGUCUCAAAAAAAAAAAAGUUCAUAAUAGCUAAAAGGUGAAAGCAACCUAAUUGUCCAUCAAGGGAUGAAUGCAUAAACAAAAUAUGGUAUUUACAGACACAGAAUAUUAUUUAGUCUUAAAAAGAAAGGAAAUUCUGACAUAUGCUACAACAUGGAUAAAACUUGAAGACGUGCUAAAUGAAGUCAAACUGCCACAAAAGGACAAAUACCAUAUUAUUCCACUUAUAUGAGGUACCUAGAGUAGUCAUCUUCAGAUUCAGAGACAAAAAGUAGAAUGGUGAUUGCCAGGGACUAGAUGGAAGGGAGAAUGAGAAAUUGUUAUUUAAUGGGUUCAGAGUUUGUUUGACAUGAAAACAUUCCGGAGACGGAUGGUGGUGGUGGAUGCACAACAGUAUGAAUGUACUUACUGCCAGUGAACCGUACACUUAGAAAUGGCUAAAAUCAGACUGGGCACAUGGCAAAACUCCGUCUCUACUAAAAAUACAAAAAUUAGCUGGGCAUGGUGGCAGGUGCCUGUAAUCCUAGCUACUUGGGAGGCUGAGGCACAAGAAUUGUCUGAAGCCAGGAGGUGGAGGUUGUAGUGAGAUCGCGCCAUUGCACUCGAGCCUGGGGGGACAGAGCAAGAUUCUGUCUCAAAAAAAAAUGGCCAGGUGCACUGGCUCAUGCCUGUAAUCCCCACACUUUGGGAGGCCAAGGCAGGCAGAUCACGAGGUCAGGAGUUCAAGACCAGCCUUGUCCAUGUUGUGAAACCCCAUCUCUACUAAAGCUAGAAAAAAUUAGCCAGGCAUGGUGGCACACACCUGUAAUCCCAGCUACUUGGGAGGCUGAGGCAGGAGAGUUGCUUGAACCUGAGAGGCACAGGUUGCAGUGAGCUGAGAUCAUGCCACUGCACACCAGCCUGGUGUGCAGAGUUUUUUUGAAACUCUGUUUCAAAAAAAAAUUUUAAGUAAUGCAUAACAUGGCAAACCACACACAUAGCUCAAAUAGAUGCACAGUGAAAAUGUCUCCCUCCUCUAAUUCUCAGACUUUCAGUCCCCUUUUCCAGAAGUAGAGUAACCAAUGUAACCAGAUUCUUGUGACUCUGCAAGUCACUUAAUCUCUCUGUGCCUUGGUUUCCUCGUCUGUAAAACACCACCACCUACCUUAACAAAGUCAUGAGGCAGUGCAUGGUGGCUUAUGCCUGUAAUCCCAGCACUUUGGGAGGCUGCGAUGGGUGGAUCACGAGGUCACUAGAUUGAAACCAACCUGGCCAAGAUGAUGAAACCCCAUCUCUACUAAAAAUAUAAAAAUUAGUCGGGCAUGGUUGUGGGUGCCUGUAAGUCCAACUCCUCAGGAGGCUGCGGCAGAGAAUUGCUUGAACCCGGGAGGUGGAGUGGAUCGCACCACUGCACUCCAGCCUGGGCAACAGAGCGAGACUCCAUCUCAAAAAAAAACAAAAAAAAAAGGCAUGAGGAUUAAUUUUUUUUUUUUUGAGAUGGGGGGGCCAGAGGUCCUGGGAGCCCUGGGAUGGGAAACUGCGGUGGCUUCCACGGAGGUUUCAGCAGUGGCAUCCGGGGUCGUGGCCAUGGACGGGGCCAGGGUUGGGGCCGGGGCCGACGCUGCGGAGCUCCCCAAGGCAAAGCCGAGGAUAAGGAGUGGAUGCUCGUCAGCAAGUUGGGCCGCCUGGUCAAAGACAUAAAGAUUAAAUCUCUGGAGGAGAUCUAUCUCUUCUCUCUGCCCAUCAGGGAAUCUGAGAUCAUUGACUUUUUCCUGGGGGCCUCUCUCAAGGAUGAGGUUUUGAAGAUUAUGCUGGUGCAGAAGCAGACCCGUGCUGGCCAGCGCACCAGGUUCAAGGUGUUUGUUGCUAUUGGGGACUACAAUGGUCACGUCAGUCUGGGUGUUAAGUGUUCCAAGGAGGAGGCCUCUGCCAUCCGUGGAGCCAUCAUCCUGGCCAAGCUCUCCAUUGUCCCCAUGCACAGAGGCUACUGGGGGAACAAGAUGGGCAAGCCCCACACCGUCCCUUGCAAGGUGACAGGCCACUGUGGCUCUGUGCUGGUGUACCUCAUCCCCGUGCCCAGGGGCACUGGCAUCAUCUCAGUACCUGUGCCCAAGAAGCUGCUCAUGAUGGCUGCCAUCAAUGACUGCUACACCUCAGCUAGGGGCUGUACUGCCACCUUGGCAACUUUGCCAAGGCCACCUUUGAUGCCAUCUCUAAGACUUACAGCUACCUGACCCCCAAUCUCUGGAAGGAGACUGUAUUCACCAAGUCUCCCUAUCAGGAAUUCACUGACCACCUCAUCAAGACCCACACCAGAGUCUCCAUGCAGAGGACCCAAGCUCCAGCUGUGGCUACAACACAGGGUUUUUAUACAAGAAAAAUAAAGUG